UUAAAUCUUGAGUUAUAAGUAUGGAUAAAAGUGAAAAGAAGGAAUGCAUAGUUAUUAAGAGUUGUCCGUAGAGACUUUAGAAGAACAUUAAAGACGAAGAUACCUUGUUGGGGAGAAAGAAAGAAAAAAUAAAAAGGAGGAGAGUAGGGCAAUAGCAGAAGGUGGUAUAGGAGAGAAAUGCUUAAACGCUAGGAAAGGAAGAUACCAAAACCUUGGGAGGAAUAAGAGAUAUCUUUGUGCAGUUCCCCAUCUCCUCCCUCUGCAUAAAACUCCGAAACACAUGGCUUGAUUUCCUGCUGACGAGUGCCGCACAGCACCCUGCAGGCUGCUCCCUCCAUGCCCUCCCACCGCGACCACGGCCACGCGGCCGAGCACCACCAGCCCAGGCUCAGAAGAAGACUCGUCAACACCCACCACAGCGCCAACACGCACCCCUUGAUCUGGCUCGCCGCCAUCCUCUGCACCGUCAUCGCCAUCGGCGUUGUCAUAGCCGGCAUAGUUGUCUUCGUGGGCUACGUCGUCAUCCACCCCAGAAUCCCCGUCAUCAGCAUCACCAACGCCCACCUCGACCUCCUCAGCAACGACUACGCCGGCCUCCUCCAGACGCAGCUCACCAUCAUGGUCCUCGCGCAGAACGGCAACGCCAAGGCGCAUGCCACCUUCUCCGACGUCCGCUUCAACCUCAGCUACCAGGGCCAGGCCAUCGCCGUCAUGGUCGCCGGCAUCAUCGAGGUCCCCAAGAACAGCUCCCAGACGCUGCGCUAUGUCGUUCAGAGUAAGUCAAUCCCGUUGACUCCCGAACAGAUGGAGGAGGUGGACCAGUCGUGGAAGCGUGACAUCAUCGGCUUCGACGUUAAGGGAAGCGCCAGGACGCGGUGGAGGGUAGGGCCCUUAGGUUCGGUUAGGUUCUGGUGCAACUUGGAGUGUCAACUCAGGUUUCACCCUUCCAAUGGGAGUUACAUUAAACACUCCCGCUGCACCUCCGAGUCCAAAUGAUUCUUUCUUCAUUAAUCGCUCUCUUUCGCAUUGUAAACAUAACACACGACCACAAUUCCACAAACAAACUCGAUCCCAACGUAUUUUCCUACCUUUUUUUCUUCACCAACUAGAUUUUACGGGUAAUAAAACUGGGUAUCUUUUAGAUUCUUUGCUUUUGCAGGACAUAUUAUUUUUCGAUCCUGCUAUCGGCCACGCUUUUUAGGAAGCUUAUGCCUUUAAUGCUACUGAAUAAUUGAUGUUCUUCACCUUGUGUGGAACAAGUUAUCGAGUUAUAGAUGUUUUCGGAAAAAAAAAGACAAAAGGUUAACUUA